UCAAUCCUAUUGGCGAGUCUACUAGGAAAGUCAGUCUGUGUCCACUCACUAUUAUAUUAUAUUGAUCAGAUCUGUUCUGGAGAAAUUAUUAGAGAGGUCUCCCUAAAACAACAAUGGUUUGGAUUAAAUAUUCAUCAUCAGCUUGUGUUGUUACCACCUACUCCAUACUUGUGUUGUCUCUCCAUUUUCUUACUACUUCCUCUUCCUCCUCCUCAUCAGAUGAGGGUGUGCUUGUUUCUCAGUAUUCCACUGAGACUACUGGGAUUUGGAGGAACCUCCUUCAGGCCAAGAUACCUUGUAGCAAGAACUUUGAGUUUGAGAACUAUACCAUUCUCACCAGCCAAUGCAAAGCUCCAUACGAACCAUUACAGCCAUGUUGCGACGCCUUUACACAGUUCGCAUGCCCUUUUACCCAAUUUUUGAAUAAUCAAUCUACAGACUGUUCCGAUCUCAUGUUCAACUACAUCGACCAAAAAGGCGGUUUUCCAAAAGGUCUUUUCUCCAAUUGCAAAGGAGAUCAAGAUGGCCUAAUUUGCGCUGCACCACCACCUGAUUUAACUGCCGGAGUCACAGUGGGACUGGGGGCACCCCCACCCAUUCAAUUCCUGUUUUAUACCACAACAACCCUCGCUGUUGUAACUUUUUUGUUUUUAAUCUCUUAAAUCAUUAUUAUGUGUAAUUCAGGAUGAUAUUCACAACUCUAAUUAAAUUAUCAUAAAUGUAUGUAUGAAUUAAGAUUUGAUGUAAGAUUGAAUAAGCUUUUUGUUUGAUUUAUCAUUUAUCAAGUAAUAAACAUAUAAACACUAUAGCUUAAGUUUUUGUA